ACCCGUACUUGUUAAAGGCAUCUGUUGAGCAGGCUGCCUUUGAAAAGGCAAAUAACUGCCAGCCUUUAUCAUUGCCUCCAAUGUAGAAUCUGAAUGGCAUGUAGGUCCAAACAAUAAAUGUUUGCAGUCUUUGUAGACCGUGCCCCCAAGUUUUCUAUAGAAAAUGAGAAAUAUUUCCUUGUCUCGUGUGUGUGAGUGUGAGGUUUGUCAAACAGAAAGGCAAUGAAAGUGGAUUUAAAGAUUCUUAAAGUGCGAUUUUCUUAGUGCAUAAAAAGAUACCGUAUGACUUUAAGGGAAGCUUCGGGCAGCUGCAGGUUGUCAUGGCUGCUGCUGAUGUCAUAGUCUUCUUUCACUCCCCAAAGGAAUCAUCAGUACCCUGAGUGGGUGGUGACUGCUGAGGCAGGGAAGAGGUUGCCCUCACCUUCACUCAGGUUUGCACAGAACAGCUACUGAAAGAAGCAGGCGUAUCCUGUUGGAAGGCCUCUACUGCCCCUACCUCUGCUACAGCUUCCGAGUGAAAACCCCUUUCACUCCUUUCCUCAGCAGUGCAGCAAAAAGAAUUGUGUGGGAUGGCAUCGGAGGAGCCCGGCUCCCCUGCAGACCAAACCAGCUGGGAGUUCCUUAACCUACUGAAUACGCUGGGGAUACAGAACGGAGAGCUGCUGGUGAUGGAGAUGAAGGAUGUCCAUGUGAGAGCCCCCUCGGUGCUGCUGAGAUUUGCUCAGGACCUGUUCAGUGCAGGCAGUGGGAAGACUGAACUACAGCAGAUAGAUGAAAAAGAGGAGGAGAAAGAGGUUCAACCACUCCUGGUUUUUAUGGUUUGGCAAGCCACUACUUUGAAGCAUCUCAUGCAGUGGGAUUAUCUGGAUGAGACGCUCUUUAACAUAAGGAACCUGUUCCCAUACACACCUGCUGUGGUGGUGCUGGUGCUGGUCCAUUCAGGGCCCCAGGAGGAGCUGUCGCGGGCAGUAGAAGCGCUCAGGAGGAUGCAGUGUCUGUUGGACGGUGCUUUCCGGCGGCUGGUGGUGGAGGCAGCGGUCUACAAGGCAGGCCAGCCCAAUGGCAUCCAGGAGGUCAAGAAAGCUGCAUGUAGAGCACUAGAAGAAGUCUUUAACCAUAAAGGUAAUAGAUCAUUAGAUCCCAUCUCUGCUCAUCCCAAUCAACCCAGCCCCCAGCAGUGGAUCGCUGUCCUGAGUGUGUGCCACGUGAGGUAUCACCGAUGACGUGCGAUGGGAUUCCUGUAGACAGCAGGAUUCAGCAGCUCUUGUAUCCACCUAAAAUCAUAACUGUUAUGAAGAGAAUUAUUAAAGCUUUGUCUUUAUUUGA